AAAUUUUUUAUCAAAAAUUUAAUAUAAAUGCAUCACAAUGGUAUCGAAGAAAUUGUUGAUGCUCAUUCCAAUUGGACAUGCGGCAGUUGAGGUAGUUUUACAUGCAGUUCUAGGAUCAAAAAAAUAUCCUAGAAUAAUUUUUUAUGCACUUGAACUUAUCGCAAUUAUACUUUUGCAUGGAGAUUUCUUAAUAUGUAAUAAAGUACCUUUGUUACGAAGAAGAUCACGACGUAAGCGUAGAAUGGUCUGCGCAGCACAACAGACACGUUCUAUUAUUGUCGUGCCCAGGAGAACAGAACCAUGUGGAUCUAAAAAGUGUCCCGCAAAAUUGGAACCUGCAAUGAGUGUAAGCAGUAUCGAUCUACCAGCAUCAGGUUCUGAAAUGAAAAGUUGUAAGUCAAGAAAACUGUGUGAGGCGGAUAAUUAAUAAUAAACAUAGAAAAUAUAAGAUACGAUGGACAAAUUUAUGAAAACUUCUCAAAUGAAUAUCACUUCCUGAUUUGGAUCUAUAUUAUUCAUCAUUGAAUUGAUGUGGACAUAUUUUCUUUCUCUGAAAUCAUCUGAGAGGUAUCAAAAAUGAA